AUGGACGAAGGAACAAGCUUCAAGCCGGAACUCUCUACUGAGCAGUUAGUUGUCUUCCAACGGCUUUUCACAUUCCAUAACCAGCGCCGUACCGUAAGCUACUGCGCCCCCAACGUUGCUGUCCCACGUCUUACAACUCUCGAUGAGUUCUCUGUGCUCUUGAACUGUGUGCAGUUCCGUGAGAAACCCCGAGAUGUCCGGCUCCGCGAUGGAGUCGAGCAGUUUUUAGAGUUUGUUCAAAACAUGGAAUCGGCACUGGGAUAA